GGACGCCGCUCGGCCCAAACGCGCAGUGACGAGAGCGCACCUGAAGCGGAGGCGCAGGUGAUUCGUACCUGGGACUUCGUGUGUGGUACAUCGGAUUUUACUUGGAGAAAUACUGUUUUUAUUCGUCACUUUGGAAGCGAAGGACACAGAUAAAGGUCCCAAAAUGGAGUUCAGUAACGUGAAGUCAACAGUCGCCCUCGCUUACGACCGGUUCAUCCAAAACGCAGAUGUCCGGACGGAAGACUGGCUGCUCAUGUCCUCUCCUCUUCCUCAAACCAUCAUAAUCCUGGCGUACAUCUACUUCGUCAUGUCGCUCGGUCCAAGGAUGAUGGAGAACCGCAAAGCUUUCGACCUGAAAAAUGUCUUGAUUGUGUACAACUUUGCAGUGGUCGGACUUUCUCUGUACAUGUGUUAUGAGUUUGUUAUGUCCGGAUGGGGAACGGGAUACUCUUUUCGCUGCGAUUUGGUUGACUACUCGGACUCGCCACAAGCUUUGAGGAUGGCGGCAACAUGCUGGCUCUACUAUUUCUCAAAAUUUAUUGAAAUGCUGGACACGAUCUUCUUUGUGCUGAGGAAGAAAAACAGUCAGGUCACGUUUCUCCACGUUUACCAUCACUCCAUCAUGCCCUUCACCUGGUGGUUCGGCGUCCGCUUUGCUCCAGGUGGUCUCGGGACAUUCCACGCUCUCCUCAACUGCGUGGUCCAUGUGAUCAUGUACACGUACUACGGGCUGAGUGCCAUGGGCCCACGAUACCAGAAAUACCUGUGGUGGAAGAAGCACCUCACCACCAUCCAGCUGAUCCAGUUUGUGACGGUCACCACCCACAUCAGUCAGUAUUUUGUCAUGAAGGACUGCCCAUACCAGUUCCCCAUCUUUAUCUACAUCAUCGGCUUGUACGGCAUGAUUUUCCUGUUCCUCUUCCUCAACUUCUACUACCACGCCUACACCAAAGGCAAGAGGCUGCCCAAGGUGCUGCAGGCUCAGACAUGGGCUCACCACACCAACGGAGUCAUGAGCGGGACCACCAGCGCAGAGGUCAACGGGCACUCAAACGGGCUUUCCAACGGGCACAGCCUCCACCACAAACAAGCGUAAGACCAGCGGACGUUAAGGCUUAAGCGACCAGCCCCUGAACCAGAAAGACUGUUUACAUAUUUAAGCUUCACUCGCCCAUUGCAAGGGACUUAUUUAAAUGUUUACACCAACUUUUUAUAAGGAUGGGACAAGAUCUCGUGAGACAAAAUCGCCACAAGAUGUUUAAAAUGAUCUUUAUCUCUAGAUUUUCCACGCGUUCUCUUUUGGAUUGGGUAAAAAAGGAGUGAGACAAGGUGCAUUUCUUGACGCUGUAGUAAAACAAUGGUGCAAAAAAUGUUAAGUAAAUUAAAACCGGUGGAUCGUUUAUUCACAAUCUUGUCUUGUCUCACUCUCGUUGACCCAAUCUUGUGUAUCAUUUUUAUGGAAAUUGUCUCACCCCACCUGCACCAACGUGUAUAAAGAUUUCAACUGUAAGUAUUCCUAAGUGUCAGUAAUCAACUUUUACACAUUAUUUAAGCCCAUUUUAAGUUAUUAAAAUUGCCAUUAGAUGUAUGUAGUUUAAUAAUCGCUAAGUGAUCAUUUUUACCUUUGUGACUUGAUCUUAAGUUUUGAAAAGAUUUUUAGUGACUUGGGUUAACUUGUGCACUAAACCCUAGAGAAUAAUACCAGGUCAAAAUGAACAUGAAUAUCUCACUAGGAUUAAUUUUUGCCUGGCUCACGGCUGCUGAUGGUUCAAACUGCGUAACACUAUAGUUCCUAUGAAGCGGUGACAGAAGACGUGGAGGGCUGAGUUACUGGUUCUUGAAGGAUCCAAAGUAGAGCUCAUUGUAACUACUUCCUGAACAGACACACUAACAGGUUUUGACACUUAGAAAUGCAUGUUAUUGAUACCAAACUCACAAACUACUCACCUCGCCUGCUUAAGUUGUGAUUCUUGUGUGAAAAUGGUCUGAAACGUUGCUUUUUGGACUGUCAGUGGAGUAGUUUACUUGUUAUAAUGAUCUUAAUGUAAAGUGACAUAACUGUCUGCUCCUUUGGUGACCGAGGACCCUCUCCUUGGUUUGAUGUUGAAAAGAUUUGACCCUUUUCUCUAAACGCAAACACCGGACACUCAUGUUGACUAUUUCUCAUGCUGUUAAUAUUGAUGAUUACUGUGUGUAUAUUGUUUAUAUUGUAUUUUUUAUUGUAUUUAUGAAAAUAAAAUGUUUGUAUUCUUA